AAAUACGUUUAUUACCGUUGCAAAUAAGAAAAUACACGCGCUUCGCAAGGAGAGUGGACUAAGCCUUCCACAUAGUUGUUCCCAGGUGGAAAGCCUGCCUCUCCAUUUGAAACAGGAAUGUCUUGACCCAUCAACAAGACCAAGAACAACACUAUCAAAUAUCAACACCAACACCACCAUCAUUGAUAUUGAUUGCCACUUCAAACUCCAUUCCAGGCGCAGCUUAAACAUGAGUUCACUCCUUCUUGUUUCUUUCAUUCUCUGCUCAGUUCCCAUAUCCACCGCUCUCGAGUCUGAAGUUGAUGAUGAAACCCCAUUUGCAUAUGUUGAAGGGACUGGUAAAGGGCCAAAGAAAUGGGGUCAGAUUGACCCACAUUGGCAAGUUUGUGAUAGUGGAGAAAUGCAAUCUCCUAUUGAUCUUCUUGACAGAAGGGUAGAAGCUUCUCCCAAUCUGGGUAAAUUGCAUAGAGAUUACAAACCAGCUCUUGCAUCUGUAAAGAACAGGGGACAUGACAUCGAAGUGAUUUGGAAAGGAGAUGCAGGAAAAAUCAAUAUUAAUGGUACUAAUUACAAACUGGAACAAUGUCAUUGGCAUUCACCUUCAGAGCACACAUUCAAUGGUUCAAGAUAUGAAUUGGAGCUUCACAUGGUUCACUUUAGCUCUAAGAGGGAGAUAGCUGUUGUUGGAAUCACUUACAAAUAUGGUCGGCCUGAUCACUUCCUUUCAAGGUUACUCCACCACAUAACAUAUGUCAACAAAGAAGAGAGAGAUUUGGGAGUUGUCAACCCAGGAGAUAUCAAAUUUGGGAGCAGAAAGUACUACAGAUAUAUUGGUUCUCUUACAGUUCCUCCUUGUACUGAAGGUGUUGUUUGGACAAUAGUCAAGAAGGUGAGGACAGUUUCAAGAGAGCAAGUGAAAGCCUUAAGGGAUGCUGUUCAUGAUGGAUAUGAGAGAAAUGCAAGACCAAAUCAGCCAUUAUAUGGAAGAGCAGUUUACAUGUACAAUCCAAGUAAGAAUGGAGCAUAAGUCUAUGAAUCCAAAGAAAUGCUAGCUACAAAAUGAAUAUAUACAAUAAUUUAUUCAUAUCUUCAAGAUUCAAGACCAAGGCUGCUCAUUCCAAAUUAAAGUUAAAGGACAAAAUACUAUAACUAUCAUCUAAAAAAAAAAACACUAUCACACACCCUUAUUUGAUAUGAAGGGUUAACGUAACUAUCUUUGUAUGGUGCAAUUGUUGGAUUUUGAAAGGCGCUGUUUGUUAUUUUGUUGCCGUUGUCUACGUUCUUAUUGGUAACUGUGCUUUGCGGCUAUUUAUAAUAUACUCUUUAGCACCAUAAAAUAGUAAUUGUGCUUUGCAGCUA